AUGGAAUCCAAGACGAGGGAGACCGUGCGGUCGACGCCGAGUCGGCACGAAAAAAGUUUGGGGCUCCUGACGAUGAAGUUCGUCAGUCUGCUGCAAGAAGCUGAGAAUGGCGUCCUAGAUCUGAAAGUGGCUGCAGACAGCUUGGCAGUGAAACAGAAGAGGAGGAUUUACGACAUCACAAACGUGCUUGAAGGUGUUGGACUGAUUGAAAAGAAAAACAAGAAUAUAAUCCAGUGGAGGGGGCAAAACACAAGCAGCCAAACACAGGACAUACAGGAGCAGGUCAGAGUUUUAAAGGCUCACAUCUCCGAGCUCAAAGCCCAAGAGAAAGCACUAGAUGACCAGAAGGCCAGGCUGGAGGAGAAUAUUAAACACCUCAGGCAUGAUCCAAUCACCAAUGCCUACAAAUUUGUGACACAUGAGGACAUCUGCAGUGCUUUCAGUGGAGAUACUCUUCUAGCUGUUGUGGCUCCAGCCGGAACCCAAGUGGAGGUGCCGAUCCCUGAAAUGGGUAAAAGUGGUGAGUGGAAGUACCAGGUGAACCUGCGUAGCAACUCUGCGCCCAUCCAGGUCUUGCUCAUCAGCAGGGAUUCAAGCUCCAUAGUUCCUGUGGUCUUCCCCGUGCCACCAACCGGCGAGAUCUGUGUGAUGCCGAGUUCACCCAGCACCCCUCCCAGUCUGCAGAGGCUCCCCCUCAUGAUGACUGCAUGCACUGCCUCCAGUGCCACUUCCCUCUGCUGCAGCCAGGACUUGAUCUGCUCAGACCACAUGAUGGUGCUAGUCGACCACGAGGACAUGCUGACACCGUCAUCCACACCGGAGGAAAGUCAGAUGGAGUGUCACAGCCAGUCAUCAGAAUCGUUGGAGCAGAGUCAGCUGGACCUGGCAGACUCGGAGUUUCACUCUUACCUGGUGGACGGCAGCAUGCUGAAACUCAGCACUGCUGAAGAGCUGGUGAAGGAAGACAGGGACGGAGCAGUUGACCUCAUGGAUGUGCUAAUGUCUGUUGAUGAUAAAGACUACAGCUUCAACCUGGACGUCACCGAGGGGAUGUGUGACCUGUUUGAUGUCCAGGUUCUCAAUUACUGAUGACCCACAGUGAUCUGCUGGGUACUUGUACAAAGUUGAGAAGUACUUUUUUUUUGUAUUUCACUUUAAAGACCCUUUACGUAUAUUUUUCCUUCUUGUCAUGACUUAAGCAAUUCCAUAACUUCAGAUCGAACUGCUGUGUACCAGACCACCUAUCCCUUCAGUUUCCUAUUCUGGCCUCCUGCCAGAAGAACCAAGUACCUGAAUGCAUUUCCCAUAAAGCUUUCACAUGGCCAUGGGCCAACAGGGCCACGGUUUUAAUCAUUUCCUGGGUAAAUGUCUACAGGAUUCCAGACAAAGGGGAUGUCCAGGUAGAAGUAAGCGGAGACUUAUGGCUCAUUCCUGUGCUACACUUUUGUCUCUUUGUGUUUUUUAUAUCCAGGUAAAAUUCUGACAUUUAAAAAAAAAAAAGACUGAUACUUUAUUUAUACUUCUGGGAUUGUGACAGUAUUCUG